GGCGGGCGGAGACCGACUCGGGAUCUGUCCGAGCAGGAAGCGAGCAGCAGCCCGGCAGCCUUCGCCGCCCGGUCCUGUGCUCGUCCGAGUCGUCACCCUCUUCCCUCACCCUCAGCACCUCUCACCCCGCCCUCCAGCCUCACCGGCGACAGGUAGCCCCGCCGCCGCGCACCUGCCUUCGCUCCGGCACCGGAGAUAGUGGAUAGCCCCUUUCAAAAAUGGAGGAUGGAAAGCCUGUUUGGGCCCCACACCCUACAGAUGGAUUUCAGAUGGGCAAUAUUGUGGAUAUUGGCCCUGACAGCUUGACAAUUGAACCCUUGAACCAAAAAGGCAAGACAUUUUUGGCUCUCAUAAACCAAGUGUUCCCUGCAGAAGAAGACAGUAAAAAGGAUGUGGAAGAUAACUGUUCACUAAUGUAUUUAAAUGAAGCCACACUCCUCCAUAAUAUCAAAGUUCGAUAUAGUAAAGACAGAAUUUAUACGUAUGUCGCCAAUAUUCUGAUUGCGGUGAACCCAUACUUUGACAUACCUAAAAUAUAUUCCUCAGAAACAAUAAAGUCAUAUCAAGGAAAAUCUCUUGGGACAAUGCCACCUCACGUCUUUGCAAUUGCUGAUAAGGCUUUUCGAGAUAUGAAGGUGCUCAAGAUGAGUCAGUCUAUCAUUGUGUCUGGAGAGUCAGGAGCUGGCAAAACAGAAAAUACAAAAUUUGUUCUAAGAUACCUGACUGAAUCCUAUGGAACAGGUCAAGAUAUUGAUGAUAGGAUUGUUGAAGCUAAUCCACUCUUGGAAGCCUUUGGAAAUGCAAAGACUGUUCGCAACAAUAAUAGCAGUCGAUUUGGAAAAUUUGUAGAAAUACAUUUCAAUGAAAAGAAUUCAGUUGUUGGAGGAUUUGUUUCACAUUAUCUUCUAGAGAAAUCUAGGAUCUGUGUUCAAGGCAAAGAGGAAAGGAAUUAUCAUAUCUUUUAUAGGUUGUGUGCUGGUGCUUCUGAAGAUAUUAGGGAAAAACUUCAUUUGAGCUCCCCAGAUAAUUUUCGGUAUUUAAACCGAGGCUGCACUAGGUACUUUGCUAACAAAGAUACUGACAAACAGAUUUUACAGAACCGCAAAAGUCCUGAGUGUCUUAAGGCAGGUUCCUUGAAAGAUCCUCUGUUAGAUGACCACGGAGAUUUUAUUAGAAUGUGUACAGCCAUGAAAAAAAUUGGUUUGGAUGAUGAAGAAAAGCUUGAUCUGUUCCGGGUAGUAGCUGGUGUCCUGCACCUUGGAAAUAUUGAUUUUGAGGAAGCCGGCAGCACUUCAGGUGGUUGUAAUCUAAAGAAUAAAUCUACACAAUCAUUGGAAUAUUGUGCUGAAUUACUGGGUUUGGACCAAGAUGACCUUCGUGUAAGUUUAACCACAAGAGUGAUGCUGACAACAGCAGGGGGCACCAAAGGAACAGUUAUAAAGGUACCCCUGAAAGUGGAACAAGCAAACAGCGCUCGUGAUGCCUUGGCAAAGACUGUGUAUAGCCAUCUCUUUGAUCAUGUGGUAAACAGAGUGAAUCAGUGUUUUCCUUUUGAAACAUCAUCCUAUUUUAUUGGAGUCCUAGAUAUUGCUGGUUUUGAGUACUUUGAGCAUAACAGUUUUGAACAGUUUUGCAUCAACUAUUGCAAUGAAAAACUUCAACAAUUUUUUAACGAAAGGAUUCUGAAGGAGGAACAAGAACUCUAUCAGAAAGAAGGUUUAGGUGUUAAUGAAGUACAUUAUGUGGAUAAUCAGGACUGUAUAGAUUUAAUUGAAGGAAAAUUAGUGGGAAUACUGGAUAUUUUGGAUGAAGAAAAUCGCCUUCCCCAGCCAAGUGAUCAACACUUUACAUCUGCUGUUCACCAGAAGCACAAGGACCAUUUCCGACUCACUAUUCCUAGGAAAUCUAAGCUGGCAGUUCAUAGGAACAUCAGAGAUGAUGAGGGCUUCAUCAUCAGGCAUUUUGCUGGGGCAGUGUGCUAUGAGACAACCCAGUUUGUGGAGAAAAAUAAUGAUGCUUUACAUAUGUCUCUUGAGUCCUUAAUAUGUGAAUCCAGGGAUAAGUUUAUACGGGAAUUAUUUGAAUCAUCUACAAAUAACAACAAAGAUACUAAACAAAAAGCAGGAAAACUUAGCUUUAUCAGCGUGGGAAACAAGUUUAAGACACAGUUAAAUUUGCUUCUGGAUAAACUUCGAAGUACUGGAGCAAGCUUCAUUCGUUGCAUCAAACCUAAUUUAAAGAUGACAAACCACAACUUUGAAGGUGCUCAAAUUCUGUCUCAACUUCAAUGUUCAGGUAUGGUGUCUGUUUUGGACUUAAUGCAGGGUGGUUUCCCAUCACGAGCUUCAUUUCAUGAACUCUACAACAUGUAUAAAAAGUAUAUGCCAGAUAAACUUGCAAGAUUGGAUCCAAGACUAUUUUGUAAGGCUCUUUUUAAAGCUUUGGGCUUAAAUGAAAUUGACUACAAGUUUGGGUUAACAAAAGUAUUUUUUAGACCUGGAAAGUUUGCAGAAUUUGAUCAGAUUAUGAAGUCUGACCCUGACCACUUAGCAGAGUUAGUUAAAAGAGUCAAUCACUGGCUAAUCUGCAGUCGCUGGAAGAAGGUUCAGUGGUGCUCACUGUCAGUCAUCAAAUUGAAAAACAAAAUAAAGUAUCGAGCUGAAGCCUGCAUUAAAAUGCAAAAAACUGUUCGAAUGUGGCUUUGCAAAAGGAGACACAAACCUCGUAUUGAUGGCCUGGUUAAGGUGGGCACACUGAAAAAACGACUUGAUAAAUUUAAUGAAGUAGUAAGUGCAUUGAAAGAUGGAAAACCAGAGAUGAAUAAACAGAUCAAAGAUCUUGAAAUUUCUAUUGAUGCUUUGAUGGCCAAAAUUAAGUCCACUAUGAUGACAAGGGAACAAAUACAGAAAGAAUAUGAUGCACUAGUUAAAAGCUCAGAGCAACUCCUCAGUGCGUUGCAGAAAAAAAAACAGCAGGAAGAGGAAGCAGAAAGGCUGAGGCGUAUUCAAGAAGAAAUGGAAAAAGAAAGAAAAAGACGUGAAGAAGAUGAACGACGUCGAAGAAAGGAAGAGGAAGAAAGGCAGAUGAAACUUGAGAUGGAAGCGAAGAGAAAACAAGAAGAAGAAGAGAGAAAGAAAAGGGAAGAUGAUGAAAAACGUAUCCAGGCUGAAGUGGAGGAGCAGCUGGCUAGGCAGCGGGAGGAGGAAUCCCAGCAGCAAGCAGUUCUGGAGCAGGAGCGCAGGGACCGGGAGCUGGCUCUGAGGAUUGCCCAGAGUGAAGCUGAGCUCAUCAGCGAUGAGGCCCAGGCUGACCUGGCGCUCCGGAGAAAUGAUGGAGCAAGACCCAAAAUGACACCAGGUCCUGCUGUACAAGCCACCAAGGCAGCUGCUGGUAUCAAGAAACAUGAUCUUAGUAAAUGGAAAUAUGCAGAACUACGUGAUACCAUCAAUACUUCUUGUGAUAUUGAGCUCCUGGCAGCUUGCAGAGAAGAAUUUCAUAGGAGGCUAAAAGUAUAUCAUGCUUGGAAAUCCAAGAACAAGAAGAGAAAUACUGAAACAGAGCAACGUGCUCCAAAGUCUGUUACUGAUUAUGAUUUUGCACCAUUUUUGAACAAUUCACCUCAGCAGAACCCAGCAGCUCAGCUUCCUGCCAGGCAGCAGGAGAUAGAAAUGAAUCGACAGCAGCGCUUCUUUCGCAUCCCAUUCAUCCGCCCUGCUGACCAGUACAAAGACCCUCAGAAUAAGAAAAAAGGCUGGUGGUAUGCCCAUUUUGAUGGACCAUGGAUUGCCCGGCAAAUGGAACUCCAUCCUGACAAACCACCCAUCCUUCUUGUGGCUGGUAAGGACGAUAUGGAGAUGUGCGAGCUGAAUCUCGAGGAGACUGGUCUGACUCGAAAGCGAGGUGCUGAGAUCUUGCCAAGACAGUUCGAAGAAAUCUGGGAACGCUGUGGAGGCAUCCAGUACCUUCAGAAUGCGAUUGAGAGCAGACAGGCUCGGCCCACAUACGCAACAGCCAUGCUACAGAAUCUGUUAAAGUAGAUGUUGUACACCAGCCUUAUAAUUGGGGACCCUUGCCAUGGUAUAGGUAGGGUGUCUGCCCCAAAGAUUUAACCAUUCCAUGAUCAUGUUAGAGUUACUUCUACAAAGUGAACAGAUUUUAUUAAUUAUGACUUAUUUUGUGAAUUUGUUUAAGGUUAAUUAUGGUAGUAAAUUUGGGACCUACAAAUUAUUUUCCUAUAUCCAGCUGUAAUUCUUGAAACUCAUUAUUCUAAUACUUGUUACACUUGGACAGAUUCUGACAUUUCUCAUUCUUUGCCAACAGACUACCUUAUGUACAUCAUAAUUGUUCUCUAGGAAAAGAGAAUUUUUAAAAUAAUUCAAAAUACUUGAUUUUUAAGAAUGGCACAGUACCAUAUAACUGGAGUAAUGAAACCUUAGCUUCAAUUUCUUACAAGAUAUAAUGGUCAAGGCACUGAUGUUUUGGUCUGAAAAGCUAUGUACUUUCUUUAAUUAAGAAAUUCAUGGAAAUUUCUAUCAAAGGCAGAAAUUCUGAUUUUUUUCUUCCAUUGCAGUGUGUCUUUGAGUGAAACAGUUCUCCCUUUGUUCCAAAAUUCUAGGAAGUCUUAAUGUAUUUGCUGUAUUUUGUGAUAAAGAAGGUACUAAUGGUUUCCAGCACAGAUUUUUCUUUUUUCUAUCACGUGUGUGUUGCUGUCAGGAUAUUUUUAUAUUUCAUGGACAAAUAAAGGAAAUUCAGAUUGUUUAAAUGCCUAGAAGUUUUGAGAUAAGUUUUGUUUCAUUUAGAAAAGGAAAUAGGUUUUAAGUGGUACUAUGGCUUAAAUGGACUGAAUUCACGUAUUCUUUAACUUCAUCUCAAUUACAAUUUUUAUAUCAGAAUCUUGUCCAAGUUGUUUCAUGUGAUUUAAGUUGGUGUUCUGCUUGAAACAUCUUUCUUUUUAAUAAAAUUCCUAGUGUCUUGGCCUUUGAGAUUUUGGUAAUAGUAGAGCUGUUUUAUAAGCUUUGUAAUUCAAAAGCCUUUGUAUUUUGUCAUUGCUUGUUUCACAUAACUGAUAAUUAAAAAGAAAGAUUUCUUUGUGUGCUGUUGUUAGUUUUGAUCAAAUGUCAUAAGUUUCAAAUCUAAUAUUUAUGACUUUUAUAUUAGGAAUUUAAAGACAAAAAUACAUCAAAGAAUUAUGUUGACAUAAUUUUUGUUUUCUUUGGCAGCUGGCCGGUGUGGGGAUCCAAACCCUUGACCCUGGUGCUUGGUGUUACCAGCACUCGCUCUAACCAAGUGAGCUAACCGGCUAGUCCUGACAUAAUCCUAAGGAGUUUUGUUUAUCUUUUAGAAUAAAAUUAGAAAGUAAAAUUGUUCUCUGCACCUUUUUUAUUUUUCCAGCUUUUAAGGACUCUAACCUUUGAAAUGAAAUUCAAUGAUUUUUUUUUUUUCCUAGAAAGAAUACCUCAGUUAGGAAAAUAUUUCCCAGCUGAUUAGUGUUUGUGAGCCACAAGGCACUGUUUUUAGAAUUGCUUCUCUCAUAAUAUGUGUCUUAGUACAUAAAUAUUUAUUUAUUAUGAUACCGUGCAAAUGAUUGUCUUGUGUUAAAGAAAUUAAAUGGUCCUGCAUGUGCUAUUAAUUGAGAAUGUGAAUGUGAUUAUCUUUUGAAGGCUGUAUUUCUGCACAGGCUCACCCACCUUGGGUCAUCUGGUCCCUGUGAUUGGUGACAGAAGGUGUAGUUUCUGAAAUAAAUGACCUGUUCUCUCUCA